AUGCUUAGCAAGUCAAAAGGAGUAAAUGCGCACCUAGUGGGGAUAGAUGCGACUGGGCAGGACAUAGGGAGGACUGGUCCGAUGCGCGGGAAUGUCGGGUUGGGAUCAGACUGUCGGACUCGGGUUGGGGUAGUUGGAACUGGUUCCAAGCCCAGCGCCACGACCAUUAUUACAGCAGUCUGGAGUGGACUAGGGCAUACAACAGGUGUUACUGAAGCUGACGACGUCUUGGGGGAUUUUGAAGCACGGACACAUUUGCUGCAGCAGCAAUGGGAGCGACAGCAGGAGUUGCAGUUUUCACCAUGGGAAACCCCAGAGCAUGCCAAUGUGCAGUGA